AAUGAACAUUUUUAGAUGAGAUCUGUCUUGUGUUUGACUUUCCUGUUGGCUGGAGUAUCCCAGGCCAAACAUAUUCAACCUAAGCUUGAUAUUGUCUUGAUCAACAAUGAAACCGAAUCAAGGAAUAUCUUGCCAAAACUUGAAGUUCAACUUCUUGUAAAUGAGACUGAAGAAAUUGAUCCAAGCCUGUUGACUCCAAAGCUAGAGGUCCAGCUUCUUACAAAUGAAACUGAGGUUGUUGAUCCCAGUCUGCUGACUCCUAAGAUGGCUUUGGACAGAGCUACAACAGAUUGUGGAUGCGGGUAUGCUGUGAGCAAUCCUAAUCCAGCAGCUGGAAGAAUUGUUGGUGGAUCUGUAGUUACCCCACAGAACAAGCUUCCAUAUCAAGUAUUUGUUCAGACCUGUUUUGCUAAUGGCUGCGCUUCUUGCGGAGGUACAUUGAUCAAUAAAAGGUAUGUCAUGACUGCAAUGCACUGUGUUAUGAGUGGAGGUGUCGCGGCUAGGAGUGCGUUGGUCAAAAUUGGAGAUUAUAGUAAAAAUUCUGCUAUCGAGACAAUACCACAACAGAAUAUUCCUGUUGCCAAUAUUAUUAUGAGAGAUGACUAUGAUGAAAAGAAUACGAAUAAUGAUAUUGCUCUGCUCCGCUUGUCUUCUGAUGUUGUAUUUAAUGCCAAUGUUGUACCUGCCUGCCUACCUACUGAUCCAAAUAAUCUUUAUGUAGGCCUGGAAGCAGUUGUUUCAGGGUGGGGCACUACCUCUUCAGGAGGGUCUACAAGUGAUUUGCUGAAGGAAACUACAGUUAAAAUUGUAGCUAACUCUGAUUCAACCUGCUUACCAAAAUAUGGAGAUAUUGGAAAAACAAGGAUGUGUGCUUAUGCAGCAGGAACUGAUAGCUGUCAGGGAGAUAGCGGUGGACCUCUGGUUGUCAAGGAGGAUGGAAGAUACACAGUAGUAGGUGUUGUAUCCUAUGGUAUAGGUUGUGCUAAUGCUGACACUGCCGGAGUAUAUGCUAGAGUGAACAACUACUUGGACUGGAUCAACACAAAUGUUGCAGAUGGAUGGUGUUCAGGAACUAAUCCUGCAGUACAACCAACAACUGCCUCUCCUACAACCCAAGCUCCAGCUACAGGUGGUCCAUGUGAUCUCAGAUGUCUGGGGACAUUUUCUGGAAACUAUCUUUUGAAUGGUCUCCCUGCAACCUGCAGCCUUGGUAUUUGCACAUCUACAGAUGGAAGUAAUCUUUGCAAUGCUUUAGGAUUUCCUUGCGGAGUACCUACUGCUGCCCCAACAACCAAACCUCCAGCCACUACUGCUCCAACAACCAAACCUACAGCCACUACUGCUCCAACAACCAAACCUCCAGCCACUACUGCUCCAACAACCAAACCUCCAGCCACUACUGCUCCAACAACCAAACCUCCAACCACUGCUGCACCAACAACGACUGCUCCAAUCUGUAAUCUAACAUGUAUAAGCAGUACACUAAAUGGUUUUUAUCUGAUCAAUGGAAUUCAAUCUACAUGCACCAAUGGAAGAUGCAGUGCAACUAAUGGAAGUGACCUUUGCAAGCAACUUUUGUAUCCUUGUGGAGUUUGAACAGAUAAUACUGAA